GGAGAGAAACCUUAUGAAUGCAAACACUGUGGAAAGGCUUUCACAAUGAAGAGCAAUCUUGCUAAACAUCAGAGAAUACACUCUGGAGAGAAACCUUAUGAAUGUAAACACUGUGGAAAGGCUUUCACACGUAGGGGCAAUCUUGAUAUACAUCAGAGAAUCCACACUGGAGAGAAACCUUAUGAAUGUGAACACUGUGGAAAGGCUUUCACAGUGAGGAGCAAUCUUGCUAAACAUCAGAGAAUCCACACUGGAGAAAAACCUUAUGAAUGUAAACAAUGUGGAAAGGGUUUCACACAGAGCGACAGUCUUGCUGCACAUCAGAGAAUCCACACUGGAGAAAAGCCUUAUGAAUGUAAACAAUGUGGGAAGGCUUUCACACAGAGGGCUCAUCUUGUUGCACAUCAGAGAUUCCACACUCGAGAUAAACCUUAUGGAUGUAAACAAUGUGGAAAAGCUUUUACGGGGAGUGGGCACCUUGCUGCACAUCAGAGAAUCCACACUAGAGAGAAACCUUAUGAAUGUAAUCAGUGUGGAAAGGCUUUCACACAGAGGGGCCAUCUUGCCAGACAUCAGACAGUCCACACAGGAGAGAAACCUUAUGAAUGUAAUCAAUGUGCAAAGGCUUUCACAGACAGGGGCCAUCUUGCCAGACAUCAGACAGUCCACACAGGAGAGAAACCUUAUGAAUGUAAUCUAUGUGGAAAAGCUUUCACAGAGAGGGGCUCUCUUGCUGCACAUCAGAGAAUCCACACAGGAGAGAAACCCUAUAAAUGUAAACAUUGUGCAAAGGCUUUCACAGAGAGGGGCUCUCUUGCUUCACAUCAGAGAAUCCACGCUGGAGAGAAACCUUAUGAAUGUAAGCAAUGUGAAAAGGCUUUCACAAGGGGAUAUUCUCUUGCUGCACAUCAGAGAAUCCACACUAGAGAGAAACUUUUUGAAUGUAAACACUGUGGAAAGGCUUUCACAGAGAGGGGCUCUCUUGCUACACAUCAGAGAAUUCAUACUGGAGAGAAACCUUAUGAAUGUAAUCAGUGCAGAAAGGCGUUCACAUGGAAGGAAUCUCUUGCUAAACAUCAGAGUAUCCACAACAGAGAGAAACCUUAUUGUAUGGGAUAA